AUGCUUGCUGAGGAGUGCUUUAUAGAGUCACCGAAUACUCCCUAUUACACAUGCGCAACGACGACCAAGAAAAUGGCGGACGAAUUGAAUAGGUUUGGAAAUUGUGACUUUUCACCGAUCGUGGCGUGUGGUCGGUACGGAAGACGAAGUUUGCCCACAGAGACAGGGGAUAACAUAGAAAUUAACUUCCCUCGUCUUCAGAGCUCUACGCCAAACAUACUACCAGCUAAAAAGUUCAGUUCUUUGGCUAAUCAUCAUAUCCAUAGUAACAAUAAUAUAAACACAAAGCUGGGAUUUGGACGGCCAUCAGUAUUUGGCAGUCCUUCAUUUCCUUCGCCACUGGACCGUAUAAGGCCAGGGUGGCGAGAUCGUGCGAGACAGCUAGGAAUCGACACCGAGCGAGAGGCAUCAUUUGAGGUGAACCAGAGCUUUCCCAAAUCCACCAAGAGUCGUCUUUGUCUGGACGAUACCCUCGCCAAGCCCAAGUCCAGACCGAUGAAGUACUUCAACAACAUCCUCAGUGAUGUCAGUUUUAGUCCAGGGUCGAAUAACAAAGGGUCAUUCAGUGCAGAUCCCAUGAAUGUGUCGAACACCAGUGACAACUGGGUGUUUUAUAACUCUGUCAGCAAUGGACACAGUGGCACCACAUAUCCCUCAACAGUACGCAACCCUAACAAGGCCAUUUGUACCAUUGAUGCUAAAACAUCCGAGAUACUGGUAGCCAAUGAGAUUGCUUGUGAAUUAUUUGGGUAUGAGAGGGAAGAUUUCAUUGGGCGACAAUUGAAGGACAUGAUAAAGCUGAAGCCCAAAGAGCAAGCAACAAUAAUGGAAACCCAUUUGGAUGAAGUGACUGGUGAAGUUGUCAGUCUCUCAGGCAAGGUGGUUGAUGCUGUAGACAGUAAUGGUAUUGUGCUGCCAAUCUCUGUAUGGGUAAGAAAACUAGGACAGGAACCUCGCUGUCUAGUUGUCAUGGAGCCGGUUCAUCGUACUGUUGCCAUGGUUACCUUCAACUCAGAAGGCGUUAUAUUGUCCUGUGAUGACCAACUGGCUUAUCUCCAUGGUUACAUGUCUGCAGAGGAUGUAGAGGGACUUGACAUCCGAGAUCUUAUACCGUCUUUCACACUUCCUUGUCCAGGGAAACCCCUCUCUAAGGAGGUGAGGAAACAACAAGCUACAGGUCGUACCAGGGAAGGAAGUUCAUUCCCUCUGAGCAUGUUUGUCAAACUGAGUGCUGAGGUGGAGAGGGACAAUGAGAUUGAGUCUCGUCCAGACCAUGAGGAUGAUGGUGUGUACCUGGGGAUUGUCUGGGUGUUUUCUGGGAUCAGUGGACUGAUCACACUUUUACCCUCUGGUAAAAUCCACACGAUCAACGAUAACUUUGCACUACUACUGUUUGGCUACUCCAAGGCUCAACUCAUUGGCAAGGAUAUUACUGAGCUGAUCCCAAAUUUUGGUGAUAUAAUGUCUGCAGAGAAUAGUCUUUACAUCCCAGACCACAGUGAUGUCACAUCAGGAGGAGACAACUCAUGUUCUCCUCGUGAACUAAACUUUGACAAACCUCAUGACAGCAGUGAUGAUCAGGGUAUUGGAAGCAGUAUUGGUUCAAGUCAGACUCAAGGCACCAAGCUGGAUAUUCGUCUGGAUGCUUUGUCAACUCUUCAGCCUGGAGUGACCUCUACCCCUAACAAACCCUCACCCACCAACCCUCUCACUGACGACACCUACUUCAGGCGUGCUAUGGAAAAAGAGAAUUUACUAAGGAAGUGUUCUCCGCUCCAAAACGGCAUGACUCCACCCUCACUUGUUACCAAACUGGACCUGACAGAUGUCAGUGAUGAGGAAGAUGUGCCAGAGAAUAAAGUUACUUCAAAUAGCAAUACUGAAGAAACAGACAGUACUAAGAUGGAUUACAAUUCCAGGGACAUAACUCAGAAUAUCAGGCCACAUGAACACGGCCUCAACAGUACCAUGCCAACAGACCAUCUGAUGUCAAACAGACGAGAUGCAGGACAACAGAUAAGUCGUUUGCCAAGGGACAUUUUUGAUAUCGGGAGGCAAGAUAUGAUAUUCCGAAAUGAGAGCAACUAUUCUGAUGAGUAUGACUCUGUAUCAAGUUGUGAGAACUCCACAGAGCUGAGCAGUACAGCUGAACUGUUGAGUGCAAGAGUGGGUGCCUUGGACUUGUCUGGUAGGGACCACAGUGGUGCAUCUAGUGGAGAUAGCGUUGUGUCUGACCAGCUUAACGUGUCGAAUGCCGGCAAUACGGCGGACAUCUGCAAUAAUGUAUGUGAAUCUGAUAGUGCUAUUGACAAUAACAACUCUGUGAACAAAAGUGCCAAUUUAAGUGAGAAUGACAUUGAAUGUGAUUCUAAGAUUAGUUGUGACUCUGAUUAUAUACCCAAGAGUUCGCCAGUAAUAUCGGAAAACAGUACCAGUCCUGAGUGUUCACCAGAGACAGAGCGACCGCUGGCGAGGGAUCUUCUGUCCCCUUUGCCUCGAUUCCCGGUACUGGAAAGUUCACGAGGUACAGGUAACACACCAGAUCUGCAUGCAGAAGAUUCUAGUAGUUUCCGACAUUACAAUGAGUAUUCCUCUCUAAAUCUCACAGACUCUAAUGUUUCUAAUGACACCUUCACAUCCUCUGAGGAAGACGAUUUGGUUGAGGAAGAGGAAGAAGAAAAAGAUAACAGUCCUGUAAAACGAUUACAUGACAAGAGUAGAGCAACAAGUGACAAUAAAUUGAUCAUACCAGAAGGAAGCUAUGCUGGUGUGUUUCAGCACCAUGACGGCUCUGACAUAGGUAUAAUAUUCCAGGUGAAGUGUGUACAGAUGGAAGGGGGAGAGCAUGUGUAUUGUCUGUGGGUGUCACGAGAUCCCGGGGACCACCCAGACCCAUUACACUCCUACACCAACCUCACACUGGCGUCCAGCUUCAACAGUACUAUGGACCAAUCAGGUGGAGAGUGUCUCGCCAACUCCAGACUAGAGGAUAGAGAAGAGGAAGAAGAUGAGGGAGAAGAGGAAGAGGAGGAUGUAAGUGACCAGCAGGAAGAUGAGGCAGAUGGAAUGGAGUACAAUCUAUCUUCGGGGCGGGGAUUGUAUGAAAUCAAAUACGAGACACUUUCCUCUAUAGGCAAGGGAGCAUUUGGCUUCGUGAAACUAGCUUGUCGUCGAACAGACAAUACGCAAGCUGUAGUUAAGUUUAUUAAGAAGAAGAAGGUGCUGAAAGAGUGUUGGACAGUGGACAGGAAGUGGGGCAAAAUUCCUCUCGAGGUCAGCCUCCUCACAAAACUUGACCAUCCAAAUAUUGUACGGGUGGUGGAUGUGUUUGAGAAUGAGGACUUCAUACAGAUGGUCAUGGAGAAGCACGGAAGUGGUAUGGACCUUUUUGAGUUCAUUGAUCGUAGUCCUCUGAUGGACGAGAGCCUGGCCAGCUACAUCUUUAGACAGAUGGUGUCCGCUGUAGCCUACCUCCACAGCCAUCAAAUUCUGCACAGAGACAUCAAGGAUGAAAACAUUAUCCUGGACGAGCACUUCGGUAUCAAGCUGAUAGACUUUGGUGCAGCAGCCUACCUCAGUAAAGACAAACUAUUUGGCACAUUCUGUGGCACGUUGGAGUACUGCAGCCCUGAAGUCCUCAUGGGUAACAAGUACCGUGGACCGGAGCUGGAGAUGUGGUCCCUGGGUGUGACACUUUAUACCUUAGUGUUUGGGGAAAACCCAUUCUUUGAUGUCGACGAGACUAUUCAGUGUAUCCUCAAGCCGCCAUUUUCUGUUUCUAAUGCUCUCAUGUACCUUCUGAUGUGGCUACUUCAUCCCGAACCACUGAAACGUGCCAAGAUCACAGAUUUAGAGAAUGACAAGUGGAUUAACCAACCCAUGGACAUCACUCAGUACAAAUGGAUUGAAGUCUUGCCUAACUCAGAAUUCCACGGAAACACUGCCGCUGACAAUAGGAUAGACUCUCCUGAUUCAAAGGCUGAUCAGCAAAGAUGGUCAAAGACAAAUGGAGUUUACGGCUCUCACUGACCACUCCUGAUCCGAACUCCAGAAGACACAUAUAGUACUAUAAA